AUGCAAAGGCUGAUGAAGUUUCGGGUCCUCUGGGGCAUCCACAUGUCCUGCCCUGGCUUCCACCAUGUCCCUCAGCACCUGCGCUGCCAAUCUUUAUCAGGAGCUGGAGCCCUAAGAUUGAAUGACUACGACAGACCUGAGGAAUUUAACUUUGCAAGUGAUGUACUGGACCACUGGACUCAAAUGGAGAAGGAGGGCAAGAGAAGUCCAAACCCAGCCCUGUGGUGGGUAAAUGAUCAAGGCGAUGAAGUGAAGUGGAGCUUCAGGGAGAUGACAGACUUAACCUGUCGCACAGCCAACGUCUUCACACAGGCCUGCGGCCUUCAGACGGGAGACCGUCUAGCCUUGAUUUUGCCUCGAGUGCCUGAGUGGUGGCUUGCGUCUGUGGGCUGCAUCCGAACAGGGGUCAUCUACAUGCCAGGGACCACCCAGAUGAAGGCCAAGGACAUUCUCUACCGACUACAAGUGUCUGAAGCCAAAGCCAUCGUGACCACAGAUACCCUUGCCCCAGAGGUGGAUUCUGUGGCACCUGAGUGUCCUUCUCUGAAAACCAAGCUCCUGGUGUCUGACCACAGCCGUGAAGGGUGGCUGGACUUCCGAUCGCUGAUUAAAUCAGCCUCCGCAGAUCACAUCUGUAUUAAGUCAAAGACCCUGGACCCAAUGGCCAUCUUCUUCACCAGUGGGACCACAGGCUUCCCCAAGAUGGCAAAGCACAGCCACGGAUUUGCUUUACGAUCCUAUUUCCCUGCAUGCAGGAAAUUGUUGCAGCUGAAGAUGUCUGAUGUCUUCUGGUGCCUGUCAGACACAGGCUGGAUUCUGGCUACCUUGGGGUGCCUAUUUGAACCAUGGACAUCGGGGUCUACAGUCUUUGCUCAUCAUCUGCCUCAGUUUGACCCUAAGGUCAUUAUAGAGACAUUGUUCAAAUAUCCAAUUACCCAAUGCCUUGCUGCACCCUCUGUAUAUCGAAUGAUUUUGCAGCAUAAUUUCACCAGUCUUAGGUUCCCCACUCUGGAACACUGCCUUACUGGUGGGGAAGCCCUGCUGCCCGAGGAGCAAGAACAGUGGAACAGACAGACAGGGGUUCUGCUCUACCAGGCCUACGGACAGUCAGAAACGGGAAUAGGUUGUGGCACUCUCCGGGGGAUGAAGAUCAAGCCAGGUUCCAUGGGGAAGGCCAUCCCACCCUUUGACAUUCAGAUCAUUGAUGACAAGGGCAAUAUCCAGCCUCCCAACACGGAAGGAAACAUUGGCAUCAGGAUCAAGCCCACCAGGCCCAUAGGCCUCUUCAUGUACUAUGAGAAUAACCCAGAGAAAACAGCUGAAGUGGAAUGUGGGGACUUUUAUAACACUGGGGACAAAGCAACUAUUGAUGAAGAGGGCUACUUCUGGUUCCUUGGGAGGAGUGAUGAUGUCAUCAAUGCAUCCGGGUACCGCAUUGGGCCGGCAGAAGUAGAGAAUGCCCUGGCAGAGCACCCAGCGGUGGCUGAGUCUGCUGUGGUGAGCAGCCCGGACCCGGCUCGAGGAGAGGUAGUGAAGGCAUUUAUUGUCCUGAAGCCAGAAUUCUCGUGCCGUGACCAAGAUGAGCUCAUCAAGGAGCUGCAGCAGCAUGUGAAGUCAGUGACGGCCCCUUACAAGUACCCAAGGAAAGUGGAGUUUGUCUCAGAGCUGCCCAAAACCAUCACUGGCAAGAUAAAAAGAAGUGAGCUUCGGAAGAAGGAGUUCGGUCAGAAGUAGUUGGCAAAAAACUCAGAAGUCAUCCUGCGAUCUUGGCCAAAUUCCUAACUGCCUCAGUUUCCUCAUGAUGGUGAGGAUGAGGAGAGGAAUGUU